AUGAAUCAAGAAGAAUUUGGAGAAAUAGACAAUGAAGAUCUUAACAAUGAUGAAUUCAAUUAUGAAGAAGAUCUUAUGGGAGAAGAUGAACAACCAAACUAAUAAUAACCAAAAAAUAAUAUCAACUAAAAUCUAAUUUCAAAUCAAAGAACACGCACACCAAAUCCACCUGAAGAGGAAGAAGGUGAAGUCUAUUAAUAUGAAGAUUAAAGUGAAGAAUUUGUAGAAGAUAAUGAAAAUGAAGAAAAUCUAGAAUAAGAAGUAGAUGAAGAAGUUCCUGAAGAUAAUGAAUAAUAUAACGAAGAUGAAAAUGAAGAAGAACAAUAUAAUGAAGAAUAUGAAUAAAAUGAUUAUGAAGAGAAUUAUGAUGAAUUCGAUUAGGAUUAAUAGGAAGAAAUAUCUAAUAAAAACUAAUAGAUGAAAUAAGUAAAAGAUAAUAAAAAUACUCAAUCAAAUAAACCAGUUCCUAUUAUGGAACCAUAAAUAAAAAAGAAAAGACCUCCUUUACCUAUUCAACCCAUAAAGCAAAAACCCACUUACUAAGAGAAAUAUUCUGAGUUGAUGGGUCCCUAAGAUUACUCAAAUUGGAAACCAAAACAGUUGCACGAUGAAAAUAAAUAACUUAGAUAAAAACUUAAAGAAAUAUCAGAUGAAGUAACUAAAUUAGUAGAAUAAAAUGCUUAACGAUUACCUUCUUUACCUUAACCUCAGCCAUAAAUGAAAAGAUAGAAGACAGCCUAAUCUUAACUGUCUGGCGGUUCUGUUAUUGAUAAAGAAAUAGAAAUCAAUUAAAAAAAAUUAGAAUAACAAGAAGAAGAAAUUAAUAAAUUAACUACUAGAUUAUAGUAAGUUUAAUAAGUUAAUUAUAUCAUUAAGUUAGAUGAGGAGAUUAAGAAAUAUGAAGAUGAAAUGAAGAAGUUAGAAUAAAAAAAAAAGUAAGAGUAUUUGUAAUAAAAGCAACGAGGUAAAGAUCUUGAUAAGUAUGAGAAUUAAGAUGGCUUUGAUAAAUUGAGUAAAGAAAGAAAUAAUCUAAAUAAAGAAAUGGUUAAUCUUAAAAAGAGGAUAAAAGACCAAUAAGAGUAAUUGAAUAAGCAAAAAGAAAACAUCAAGAAUUCUUAAGACAUUGAAUUACCAAAAAUUAAUAAGGAAUUAAAGCUUUUGGAAGAAGAAGCCGAAAAAUAUAAAAUUGAUAUUAGUGCAGAUAAACCAUAUAGUAAAUAAAAAGAAUAAUAUAUCGUUCUUUUAGCUUAAAAGGAUAAUUUGAUUAAGCAUAAUAUUAUUACGGAAAAAAAAGAAAAACAAUUAGAAAUGAUCGAAAAAGAAAUUAAAGAAUUGAAAAAAGAAAAAGAUCGUUUUGAUUAAUAAAUUAAUGCAAAUGAAAUGGUUUUAAUUGAUUAGAGAAGAUAAAAAGAUGAAUUAAAAAAUAAAGUACCUUCUGAUGUCUUUAAAUCUAUUCCUGCUGCUAUGACUUAAGAAAAUAUUUCAGAUGCAUUAUAAAAUGAAAAAAAAAAUUAAGAAAGUUAAAGAAAAUUAUAAAGUGCCAAACCACCAAUGUCUAAGCAACUAUCAGAUUAAAAUAAUUAUAAAGAACUAAAAUUACCAAAUAAAUAAGAUGAAAAAUCUUAGUAGAUAACAUCAAAAAAUGAAGUAGAGGAAGAAAUUGUAUUUGAAGAUGAAACUGAAUAAUAACAAUAACCUAUUAAAUAAGAAGAAAAAAAAUAAAUUCCUAUAUCAUAAUCUACACCUAUAAAAUAAAAUAUCUAAGUAAUAUAAUAAUAAUAAUAAUAAUAAUAAUAAUAAUAAUAAUAAUAAUAAUAAUAAUAAUAAUAAUAAUAAUAAUAAUAAUAAUAAUAAUAAUUUUAAUCUCCUAAUCAGUAAAAUAAAUUAAAUUCAAAACCUUUUAGCAAUUUAAGGAAAUCAGUUGAUUAACAACCUCAAGUUGAUUUAGGUUAAAGCAAUGUAAGCAAUUAAUAAAGUAAUACUAGUGAUGUAUAAACAGAAUAUGCUGGUCCUUCUAGAAUGAUGAGAAUGAUGAGAAGACCUUAACAAAAUUAAUAAGAAGAAACUACUUAAUUCAUAAUUCAUUAAUCAAAACCAGUAGAACAGCCUAGAGACAAUCAUAAAGAUACUAAUGAUUAAAAUAAUAAAUUAAUUGAAUAACCUACUUAAUCAGAAUAACCAAAACCUGUUGAUGAUUAUUAACCUACAUUUCCCACAAGAAGAAUAUCAAAUAGACCAAGAGGAUUUGAUUACAAUUCUAUAGAUUAGUAAUAGAAUGAAUAAAAAAUUGAACAGCCAUUAUAAAUAAAUUAAAAAUAAGAUUAAACAUAAUAAUCUGAUUAUCCUACAAGAAGAAGAAAUAGAGGAGGUUAAGAAGAAUAAGCAGAAUAAAAUACUAGUUAAUAAUAAUCAUAAAAAUAAUCAAUUUCAUCAUAGUAAUAAUCUUUAUAAUCUCAAUAAUAACCUUAUUAACCGACAGAUGAUGGAAAUAAAUAAAGAAGAAUUAAAAUAUUUACUGAUGAAAAGCAACCUGAAGCUCCAAAAACAGAAGAGCCAACUUAUGAAUUCUAACCAAGAUAAGAACCAAAUAAAUUAUAAGGAAGAAGAAAUAGAGGCAAUAAUAAACUAAAUAUAUGGGAAGAUUAACCUGUUUAGAAAGAGAAUAUUGAAGAGAUACAAGAAAUUAAAGAUAUUAAAUAAGUUCCAGAAGUUUAGCAUAAAGAUGAUAGAGAACUUACUUUAGAUGAAAUCUUAGGAGCACCUAAAUAAAUAGAAGAAUAUAGACCAAAUCAAUAAAAGAAAAAAUAAGAAGUGUCUAAAGAUAAUAAUGAAACUUAUGAACCUGGAUUUGGAGGUGGAGGAAAUAGAAGAGGAAUUGGAAAUCAAUAAAAAAUAGAUAAGGUAUUAUUCUGAAAUAAUCAUAUUUCUAGUAAAAAGAGUUGGCUUAAAAAGCUGAGAAAGGAGAUUUAUUGGAUGAUUUUGACUUUUGAUUUGAAAUUUAUAAAAAAU